CGUCUGGAAGAGACAACAUGGCGGCCUCCGUAAUGUACAGCCGGCUGUCAGCUGGAUUGAGGAGUCGGGUGCCUCGCUUCGGUUCCGCAGUUCAGGUGCUCAGUGGAUUUCCUGGUGUGUUCGGCUGCCAUGGUGUCCAAGCACAACAACAUCGAAAUCUGUCUCUUCAUGAGUAUCUGAGCAUGGACCUGCUGAAAAAUGCUGGUGUUGCCAUUCCAAAAGGUUGUGUUGCAAAAACACCAGAUGAGGCUUAUACAGUAGCGAAAGAAAUUGGUUCAAAGGAUCUGGUUGUUAAAGCACAAGUAUUGGCUGGUGGCAGAGGCAAAGGCACCUUUGAAGGAGGUUUAAAAGGAGGAGUGAAGAUUGUUUAUUCACCUGAAGAAGCCAAAGACAUUGCAUCUCAGAUGAUUGGGAAGAAGCUUUUCACAAAACAGACCGGUGAAAAGGGCAGGAUAUGCAAUCAUGUGUUUAUCUGUGAACGAAGGUAUCCCAGACGAGAGUACUACUUUGCAAUUGCUAUGGAAAGGGCAUUCCAAGGCCCUGUACUAAUUGGAAGUUCCCAAGGUGGUGUAAAUAUUGAAGAUGUUGCUGCUGAAAAUCCAGAUGCCAUUAUUAAGGAACCCAUUGAUAUUAUUGAAGGAAUAAAGAAAGAGCAAGCUGUCAGGCUUGCAGAGAAAAUGGGCUUCCCCUCAAAUAUCGUGGAUGAAGCUGCAAACUGUAUGAUUAAUCUGUAUAAUCUCUUUAUGAAAUAUGAUGCUACUAUGGUUGAAAUUAACCCGAUGGUAGAGGAUGCAUCCGGAGUUGUAAUGUGUAUGGAUGCAAAGAUAAACUUUGACUCCAAUUCAGCUUAUCGACAGAAGGAAGUGUUUGAUCUGCGGGACUGGUCGCAGGAAGACGAGAGAGACAGACAAGCUGCAACAGCUGAUCUUAACUACAUUGGUCUAGAUGGCAACAUUGGAUGUCUUGUGAAUGGGGCUGGCUUGGCUAUGGCAACAAUGGAUAUAAUAAAGCUUCAUGGAGGUACACCCGCAAACUUCUUAGAUGUUGGAGGUGGUGCCACAGUUCAUCAAGUAACAGAAGCAUUUAGACUGAUUACAUCUGAUAAAAAGGUCCUUGCUAUACUAGUCAAUAUAUUUGGUGGCAUUAUGAGAUGUGAUGUAAUUGCUCAAGGUAUCAUUAUGGCUGUGAAGGACUUGGAAUUAAGGAUACCUAUUGUAGUCCGUUUGCAAGGAACAAGAGUUGAUGAUGCCAAAGCACUUAUUACGGCCAGUGGAUUGAAAAUACUUGCAUGUGAUGAUUUGGAUGAAGCAGCAAAAAUGGUUGUUAAACUUUCAGAAAUCGUAACACUGGCAAAACUAGCGCAAGUCGAUGUUAAAUUUCAGUUGCCGAUCUAAUGCUGCUCAACGGCUUGGAGACCUGGAACUAUUUGUUUAUUUUUCCUUUCCCCUUUUCCUGUUUAGGUUUUAGUUAAUGCUUUUUGACUUAAGAAUGGUUGCUGUGUGAAAUGAAUUGCUGCUUUUGGAAUUAUUGUCACAUCACCCAUACACACAAAUUGACAUACGUAUAUCUAUAUAAGCAGUAUAGUUAUAACCAUUAUCAUGUCAUCUCAAAGCCCACUGAUGUGCAUUCAAGCAUGUAUUUUUGUUAAUGUACUUAAUAUUUUGAGAUCAAUACCCUUGCAGUUAUUUGCAUCAUUAUCACAGAGGCAGCUGAUGUUUGUCAGUCAGUACUGUAUAUAAAGGACUGUAGGAAAAAAAAAUUGUAACAUUUGUUUAGGUAAAGUAAUAAAUUGCUUCACAUACAA